GCAGGACGGUGAUGUCAUGCUGUAGGUGUGGAGCUGCUGCUGAUGCUGCCGAGAGCUUGUAUCCAAGCAGCGAUAGAGAGAGAGAGGGAGAGAGAGAGAGAGAGAGAGAAAGAGAGAGAGGGAGAUAGAGAGCACACGAGAGAGAGAUAGAGAGCGAAAGAGCAGGCGAAAGAGACACUGAGAGUGAGAAAAGGGAGGCAUAGAAGAAGCAGCAUCUGAGAGGAAAGAGGGGCCUAAACAGGACUUCAUCCAAAGCAAAGACAAUACAUUGUGACAAAAUGACGUUGGCAGCGUACAGAGAAAAGGUGAGGGAACUCCCUCUGGUGUCACUGCUGUGCUCCUGUCUGAAUUCAAGAGUGAACGACAAGCCCCAGUACAAGGCUGAGGAUGCGGUGGACCUGAACUGGUGCGUGAUCAAAGAAGUGGAAGUGAUCGAGCUGAACAAGCGUGCCUCUGGCCAGGCCUUCGAGGUCAUCCUGAAACCGCCCUCGUUUGACGGCGUGCCCGAGUUCAACUCCGCCAUGCCCCAACGCAAGGACCCCUCCCUGGAGGAGAUACAGAAGAAACUGGAGGCAGCUGAGGAGAGGAGGAAGUGUCAAGAGGCAGAGCUGCUCAAGCACCUAGCAGAGAAGCGUGAGCACGAGCGCGAGGUCAUCCAGAAGGCGUUCGAGGAGAACAACAACUUUAUCAAGAUGGCCAAGGAGAAGCUCGAGCAGAAGAUGGAGACCAACAAGGAGAACCGUGAGGCCCUGUUGGCGGCCAUGUUGGAGAGGCUGCAGGAGAAGGACAAGCAUGCAGAGGAGGUGCGGAAGAACAAGGAGAUGAAGGAGGAGGCAUGCCGGUAGACGCAAAAAACAACAACUAAAGACUGCUGUUGCUAGUCAAGGAAGAGGAGAAACAGACAGACAAACGGAGGGAGGAGAGGAGGAGACCAACCAACAAAACGAAAUGCAAGGAAGCUCAAACCGCAACCACCACAGGCGGGGAAAAGGAAGACGUGAGCAAACUCAAUUUUCAAGCGUCGACUUUCAUGAACUAUGCCAACCUUGUCUAGAGAAACAGCAACCAAAACAAAACUAUGUCUUGAGAAAUCCAUGUUAAGAGAAGCCGACAUUUGUAACUGGGUGGCAGCCCCAUUGUGCACCAGGGUUGGGUGGUUGGUGUGUAAAGGUGAAAUGAUUGACAGAGAAAGAGUGUGUGUAGGGUGGGAGGGGGAGAGGUGGGGAGCAUGUCUCAGGUCACUCUGAAUUAAAGAGGAGAGAAAAAAGAGACAGUUAUUUGUAUUCUUCACUUUAGCCAAAGGGAGGUGAACAUUUGAUCUAAUUUGCUCUAAAUAUCAUCCUGAGUGUUCAGAGUACAUUUGCCCAUUCGCAACCACAUACUGUACUGCAAAAUGUCACUAUGUAUGAAAACAUGUACACGCACGCCCCCCCCCCCCCCCCCCCCCACACACACACACACACAUACACACACACUUACAAACACUUAUCUCUGAAACAUCCAUAAGCAUGCAUGUACAUACACACACACAGACACACACAUACACAUACAGUAUACAUAGACAUAGACAUAUACAUAUCCACUUAGUAUGCCAACUGCACAGACACGCAUGGGAAUUUUUAAAAUCUACUUGUUAGUUAUGUACAUAAACACUGUAUCCUUGAGCCAGUCAAUUUCAAUAAAUCCAUAAAUUCUACAAUAUACCAUUCACACAUUUGACAAAAAAUCUGGUCAGGAUUGUGUUACCAUUUUUUCAGUCAGAAACCAACUCUGCAUGUGAUGCACAUGAACUACAAGUGUGUGUCUGUCUGUCUAUUUAGCAAACUGUAAUUCACAUUUCAUAACUUUCUCCAUAAUGGUAGCAUACUAUAUUUCAAAGCUCAAGCAACUCAACAUUGCACUGCAGAAUACACAAGCACAAUAGACUUUUAGUUGUUGUUUUUUUUUUAUUACUGUUAUUCCACCGCACUUCAUAAUUAUGCCAAGCACAAUUUGGAAGCACAUCUUCACAAUGCCAUAUUCACAUUUUUUGCUUGUAAUGAAACAAUUAGGGUACACUCUUUAACAAGGAAGGGUUCUUGGGGUGCUAUAUAGAACCAUGCAGGCAUUAAAGAACCCUUAGGGGUUCCUUUGAUGGACCCUUCAGCAUGGUUUAAAGAACCAUUUGGGGGUGCCAUAUGAAGCAUGUUUUUUUGGCUCUAUAUAGCACCUUUUUUUUCUAAGAGUGUAGACAACCAAGUAGACCGUGAUUUGUUCCAUCCAAAAGAGACAGAGAGACCUGGAGCAUGGGGCAGGUUGUUUGACGGACAGCAGAAGCACUGGGACUCUGGGAAUGUGUUUGUGUAUCUAGCUUGAGCGUGUUGCUGAUGUACAUUCAGGUUUUUGCAUAUGUGAUGACUUCAUUAUCCCUGUGAAAGAACAAAAACAAUACAAAAAACAUACAAGUCCCAGUGUGCACCAGGAGCAUACAAGUCCCAGUGUGCACGAGGAGCAGCUAGCCUUCUGAAUACCAGGUUGUGCUGGUGGUACUGUGUAUAUGCAAGUCACGGUGGGCAAGUGUAGGCCAAUUUACUGUAAACAAACAAUUUAGAGAUAAAAAAAAGAAAAGAAAAAACUGUAUGGAAUCCACGCUGUUGUGCUUGCUUGUUUUGGUGCAUCACACGUGAAAUACUCAAGAGUUGCUAAAAUUGCUGCCAAAAGCUAGCUGCUCUUCACUGGUGGAGCAGAUGGGAAGUGGAUGCUUGAUGUACGCUAAGUGUAGUGAUGCUUAUGGUGUUCAGUGUGGGCCAAAAAGGGGAAUUUCAUGGAAUGUUUUUUGUCUUUCCCAAUGCCACCCUCCCACAUAAUGUGUAUGCCAUGUUUUCAGCAGUGGAGGUCAUGCAAUGUGUAAAGAAAUGUGGGACCUCUAUUCGCUAUCAAUGUCUUUGAUGUCCUAAUGGCUAAAAUUGUCUCUUUUUUCGGCAUGUUCAGUUAAAGCUUCUCUUGACAGAAAUAAACUAAAAAUGUUG